AGUCUUCUUCAAGUGACUCUCUUCUUCGUUUUCUCCUCCACCGACUAUCGUCGAUUCCGCAUCUUUCUCUCUUUCGGUGUUUGAGUGUUUGCGAUAGUUACUCAUAAAUGCAAGGACGAAUCAUUCAGCUGUUUCGUCGGGGAAAUGGGUCCAUCUGUUAGAUGUGUAUUUUUAGCAUUAUCUCAAGAUCUUUGAUAAAAUCAUUAUCACCCUGCAUUUUUUUCUGCGUCCACGAGGACCACUUUUUUUGUACCUUUUCUUGCAUUUUCUUUGUAUUUUUCUCUUUCUGAUGCCGUGAGCUUUCGGGAGAAGACCUAUCAGAAAUGCGUUCAUUGUACUUUCUGCUACGCUUGAGUUGAUGUGACUGAUUUUGGUUUUUUGUUCAAUUUUUUUUGAUCCAGGAAGUCAUCAAGCUAUGUUCGUUUUAAGUAGGAUCUGAUGUGGUAGAUUCUAAAGAUUCUAAUGGAGAAGAGUUUUACAUCUUCUAAGCCUUUGCAAACUCGAGUAAAACAAUGUAUGGAGGCUCGGGGUGGCGAUGAGCCUGAGCUUGUCAAGUAUAUGUCGAAGCUACCAAUUUUCUUGGAGAGAGCUGAAACCCCUCAGGAAAAUCUCUUGAGCGUUGGUGUUCUUGAUUGGGGCCGUUUGGAGAAGUGGCAGCAUAGUCAUAAUAACCGGAUUCCAGUGAAGACUAGAUUCCCUUCGGUUUCCCAAGCAGAUGCUUCUUUGGUUCUGCCUAGAGAUGAGUCAUCUGCUGGUCCGAGCAAGGUGGUUCAUGACCGUACUUCGGCUUGUCGAAUGAAUCAUCGUAGCUCACGGCAUCCUAAGUUUGUUGAAGAAACUGUCAAGGAGUAUCGAGAAAUCAAAGGUACACGGAAAAAGAAACUUAAAGACCAUAGAUGUUACAGCUCACUAGAGAAGCUUGGUCCAACCACCGACGCACAGGGAUCAGAUGGAUAUGAGAAGAUGGACCGGAAAGGGAAGACUGGCGGAAACAUGGAGGUAAAAUCUAAGGGUGAUGGUAAUAGACGUAAGAAGAGUGAAAAGAAGUUAAGAGAAAGAAACCGAAAUGAUGAUGAUGGAGAACUUGGUCGGAAGCAGCAGGGGGAAAUCAAGCUCUGUCACUCGGCAAAGAAGUUAGCUCGAGAAGAGGCUAAGACAUGCAAGAGGAGUUCCUCUAAAUAUAUCAGAAUAGUUCAUGAUGUUAAAGUAGAUUACUGUACUCAACAUGCUUGCCCCUUGCCAUGUAAAGCUGAUGGCUGCUUGGCAAAGAAUAUAAUUGGCUCCACUGAUGCGGACCCGAACAAGGUUUCAGUUGAAACAUCUCAGGGCGUGACACUCUCAACAAAAGCUAGGAAUACAUCUUCCAGAGGUAAAAUCACAGAAGACAGAGCAUCGUCUUUGUUAUCUGUGAAACAUUGUAUGGAUGCGCCUGCCCAGAGACCAAAUUCAAAGCCAAGUAUUUCACCUUUUCAGCGGCUUAGCUUUAGUAUGGGUAAGACCAGCAAAACUAACAGUGAAGGAGUUGCUGGUUCCACGACCCAGCUAGACUCAAUGGCUAACUCUACAAAGACCGGUUCACAAAACUUGGCUCUUUCAUCUGGCUUUGACGGCUUAGAUUGCAACAAACCCCGCGAAAAAGAUACAACUACGACAAGCCAUUUGAGAAGGUUGCUAGAACCUCUACUGAAACCAAGAGCAACUCACUCUGGCAAUUCCGUGGAGGGGCCUAGAGGUCAAGGCGUUCAAAGAAUAAAAUUGGGUAUCACAGGUUGCAAAACAGUAAAUGUCAAUGAUUCAGCUCAUGAGAAGAAGCUAGGAUCAUCCAUGAUUCGAGCUGCUCUGCGGGUAACAGUUAAGAACAAUCAGCCACUCUUUACAUUUGCAGUGAACAAAGAAACCGACAUUCUUGCAGCCUCCCAAAAGAAAAUGGGAAGCUCGGAUGAGGGUGAAUGUACUUGUGUUUAUACUUUCUUCUCUAUAAAAGACCAUAAAAGAAACAGUGCAUGGUUAAACCAAAGAGGUAGAGGCCAAACACAUGGUAUCAUCUCUAAUGUUGUUGCUCAGAUGCGGGUAUCGAGCUCUUUGCCAUCUGGUUCCAUCAGAGAGUUUGUUCUCUUUUCUGUUGAACUUGAUCAAGAGAGCACAGAAAAGUCUGAUCUGCAGUUGAAAAACGAGCUAGCUGCGAUCAUCGUGAAGAUGCCUAGAUGGUAUAACAGGAGGGCAUCACUAAAGACGGUUCAGGAUCACAAUGCACUCAAUAAAGAGCUUGAAGAUCACAUCAAAGACAGGGUUUUUGACCAAGAUAUUAGUGCUACGGUCAUACUUCAAAGCGGUGUUCAUAGUAUGCCUCAUAAAGGAGGUCCCUCGUCUUUGAUCCAGCGAUGGAGAACAGGUGGGUCUUGCGACUGUGGAGGUUGGGAUAUGGGCUGCAAUCUCAGAAUUCUUACAAAUCAGCACAACUUCUCCUGCAAGAAUUCAACAACAUCAAACUCACCACCCUCUUCAAACCGAUUCGAGCUUUUCUUUCUGGGAGAACAAGCGGAAGAACAUCCAUUCUUGAGCUUUAAACCAAUAAAGGAAGGGAUAUAUUCAGUUGUGUAUGACUCAUCUCUUUCACAACUACAAGCUUUCUCCAUAUGUAUGGCACUUGCAGAGAGUAGGAAAAUCUCAGAGAUUGCCAUGGAGCACAAAAGCUCUUGUGAUGAACAUAAAGCUAGAACGGAAACAGUGUUAGUCCAGGACCAAGAUUUAAAGCCUAGUGACAACACCGUUGGGUAUCAACGGCCCAUCUCGCCUGUCGGGUGGGUCUGAAGUUUUUAUUUUUACUUCAAACCCAAUUUUUACUUACAGGUAUCAGGUAUGUGGUCAUAUUAUUAGUGAUUUAGUGUUAAGCCUAAGGUAGCAGGAAAUAAAAACGCAGCAAUAUCUCUUUAAAGUAGUUAGUCUAAUCAAUGGUGUAUUCAGGAAAGAAAUGAUCUUCUCAACUCCUAAGUGUGAAUAUUGUUAUUUUAUCAUA